CACCGCGCUUGGCACGACCAGCUGGUUAACUCAGCUCACGUUGUUUUGUUUUUUUAAGGGCAUGCCUCGUCGCCGUCCUUUCAUCCGCAGGAUAAAACAUCCGUUGGAAUGACGCAGCGGCAGCGGCAGCAGCAGAGACGGGAACCAUGGCGACUCUCUCUCCGGGUCCCACCGGUGUGCCGGAGCGAGUGACGGGUUGGUGCCACUGAUGUCAGCUUGUGACUGCAGCGGAGAGCACUCACCAUGAAUGGAGAGCACACAGACAUCCUGUCACCGAGAGAUGUGGUCAGAGGCCGAUGGAGAGUUGUGAGAAAGAUAGGCGGAGGCGGCUUCGGGGAGGUCUACGAGGUCGUGGACCUGCAGGAUGGAAACAGCAUUGUCGCUAUGAAGGUGGAGUCUGCCACCCACCCCAGACCGGUGCACAGGACAGAGGUGGCUGUGUUGAGGAAGUUGCAGGGUAAAGAUCACGUGUGUAGGUUUGUUGGCGCUGGACGAACUGAGCGAUACAACUAUGUGGUGAUGGAACUACAGGGAAAGAACCUGGCGGAUCUGCGCAGAAGCACAGGCCGUGCAACAUUUUCCGUCUCAACUACACUGAGACUCGGCAAGCAGAUUUUACAAGCCAUUGAAAGCAUCCACUCAGUGGGCUUCCUGCACCGAGACAUUAAACCGGCUAACUUUGCAAUAGGAAGACAAGCCAGUAACAGUCAAUGCUGCUAUAUGCUGGACUUUGGUUUGGCUCGUCAAUAUAUGACCCUGCAAGGCCUGCGUCCACCUCGAGAUGUGGCAGGCUUCAGGGGAACUGUGCGAUACGCUUCGAUCAAUACUCAUAGAAAUAAGGAAAUGGGUCGCCAUGACGAUCUGUGGUCCUUCUUCUACAUGUUGGUUGAAUUCAUGUCUGGUACGCUGCCAUGGAAGAGAUUUAAAGAUAAGGAACAAGUAGGAAAUCUAAAAGAAGCAUAUGACCAUCGCCUGAUGCUUAAUCACCUACCAUCUGAAUUCAGUGCUUACCUGGAUCACAUUCUCAGCUUGGACUAUAACACAAUUCCAGACUACAAGCUCUUGAUGUCACUGAUUGAGAGCGCUAUGGAAAGCCACAAUGUGCGGGCAAACGACCCCUACGACUGGGAGAGAUGCGACCCCGAGGACAUGCUGACCGUUGCUGCGGCGGUGCCAACCGGCCAGGAGCUCACCCGCCUCACGCCAGCACAUUUGGGCAUGGCCAAUGCUUCAGUGCUGCCAGUGGAGCUGCAAAGGGAGAACACUGAGGAUGUUCUCAUGCUCGGGGAGCGCUUCAGUGACGCUGACAACUGCCCGCCUGUGCCCACUGGGUCCAGGCCUGUGAGAGAUGUAUGGGAAGAAAUGGACCGCAUACAAACCCAGCAACAUGUUGAGCCAGUGAUAAAGAGGGUGGCAACUGAGGAUGAGCACAGUCAGAACCAGCCGAACCAGAGCCCCGCCGGGUCUAUUCCGAGCUCUCCGAGACGAGUGCGAUCUGAGACCAUGUACCUGGGCCGGGCUGUGCCUCUGCUCCGGAAGAUGCGACAGAGCCAGAGCUUGGCGUUUGAAAGGAGGGUCGCACCUGAACCCAAGCCUACUAUUGAACGCUUCCUUGAGUCCUGUCGAAGCAAACCACCUGUCCUUGCUCAACCUGGGGAGAAAUCCUUGCCUGAUGAACACUCCGGCACCGGGACUGCCGAGGAAAGCGGCGUCAGCGGGGGCUUUGUUGCAGUCAACGUUAGUCCUGUGGUCCAAGAGGGAGACUCCCAAGAGUGGGUGAUGCUCGAGCUGGACCAAGGCACUAGUUCCGGAGCCGUCAAGCCUUCAGCUGAAGCCCAACGUGAGGACAAGCCAGCUGGGAUUUGCAGCACGGCUGAGACAGAGAAGCACCCCUCUGGCCCGCAGGAUAGUCCGGCUGUGCUGGGCAGUCCCCUUCUGUCACACCGCUCUGUAGGUUCAUGGUUACUUGGCCACAAGAGGUUGCCAGGGAUGCUGGGACAGAUGCCCUCAGUCUUAAUGGGAAGACCCCACAUGGAUCAGUCCCUCAGCUGCACAUCACCAUUUCCUAUCCUUGAGAAGAGCGAUACGACGCCUCAGGAAGCCCAGUCCAAUAAAUCUGACGAACUCCGAAAAGAUGGAGGAAAGACUGAAAUUGCUCCACCAUCAAGCCCUCUUAAAGGAUCCACCGCGCUCCUGACAAAAGACCCGGAGAGUGAUUCUGGUCUGCCCGACUGCUCCUCAGAACUAAACCAGCAGCCUCAAGCGGUCUUUCCAGCCAUCACUUCCUUACGGCCCAAAGACUCUCCUUCCUCGCCGAGACUGAGCCGCAUCCCAAUCCGAGACGUCACCACCCCUCCGGACUCUCCGAGUAGGAACCUACACGGGGACAGACGACACCGCUGGAGCAGCCCGGUCCCUGGAUCCCCCACUCACUCCCCUUCUCCGUCGCUGUCCUGUGAAAACCUGCCAGCCACUUUGCCCCGAGAACGGCUCUCCUCGGAGCGAGGCUCCAGGUCGGACUGUGGAGGAGAAGACCCUCUUUCCCUGUCUUCCUCAUCAGGCAGUAAAAGUAAAAUCCCACGGCCCAUGAGCGUCACCUUUGUUCCUGAGCAGGUCACCAGCAGGUUUGCGCCUCACCCGCCUCCUGGAAAACCGACCACCGGCCCUUGUGCUGACCACAGGCGGCGACGCAUGAGGGUACGCGCCAGCAGCACCAGCGACGCCGACUCCCUGUCCAGUCUGAGCCAGCUGGUGCAGGACCGCGGCGGCGUGCUCGUCAACACACCCGCUCCCCGCCCUUGCAGCUCGUCCUCCUCCGUCCUGCAGCGUUCGCUCAGCUGCUCGCCGUCCCGCCAGGAACCCCGCGAGGGCCGGGCGCCUCAGGGACGCAGCUGCUCCCCGUCCAGCUUCUCCGGGUCCUCCUCUCCGACGCCGCUGAUGCCUCCCCCGCCUCCUCGCCACGGCGCCCUGCAAGCCAGGUCCAUCGGGCAGGGUCAGUGGGGUCCUCGCUCGAUAGGGAGGGGAUUAAGCAAGGAAGGUAAAGGCUCAGGGAAGGUGACUCGGUGAUAAACAGGAAAGACUGAACUAGAUAGUAUGUGUAAAUACGGUAUUCACUUCAAGGGAAUGUAUACUGUAUGUAUAAGAAAUGUAUUUAUUUGCUACAUUAGCGUACAUUGUAGAAUACCUUCAAGGAGAUUGAUACACUUCAGGAAUGAAAAUGGUCGAAACCAAACUGCAAAGUUCAUGUGUGAAUAUUUGCACGUAUUGUUCAUGUACAUAGGUCGUCAAAUUAUUGCGCAGUUGUAUGUUUAUAUCACGGCUCAAUGCGAACAAUUAUGCUAAACUAAUGGAAAUGCAUACAGAUUCUGACACUUAAAAAUACAGUAAGAGAGCGUCAACCUGAGAAAACAUUUUUAGAAUGUUUCCUUUCAUUUUUAGGUACAAUGGCAAAAGAAUAUGCUGCUGUGGCCUAAAAAAAAGGGAUGUUUGUGGUUUUUGAGUUGCCAUGUCAUCAAUGUGUCUUUCAGUAACUGACACGCCACAUCAUGCCAUUAUGAGACCAGAAUCCACUGUAUAUAUAUCGACCAUGCUCAAUAGUAACAAUGAAUAGUUGCGUAUUAGAAUGUAUUGAAAAGUGCACUCGUUCAGUAUCGCAUGCAAGCAAGCCAGCAGCAUCAUCGUGUCCUUUUAUUAUUCAUUUGUACAACGUUUGCAUUUCUAUCAAACUGCUUUUCGUCAUGAAAAUACAUGUCAAGCAAAAAUAUUUUCGAUUUUGCUUUUGAUGUUUUGCAUAUCCGCUGAUCACUCUUAAUGUGGUUUGAUGGGAGGAAACAGGCCACACCGCCCAUCUGACACUUGUUUUGUAACUUCAAAUAUGACUCUUGGUAUUAAAUAAUCAGACAGAAGAUUUAUUUUCACUCACUUUAUUUCCUGCACAUGCGGGGAGGCCAAGUUUGUUUACAGUGCAUAUGUCAACAAUAUAGGACUAUCAUUCAUACGUGACUGGACUGGUCCAUUUUUCUUGUUUAAAAGUAGACAUACUGUACUAAAACACGUGUAUGAAGUGAUUAGAGUAAGCAUAGUAGAUUUUAAAAAGGGGUUGCAGCCUGCAGAAAUUUGUCAGGUUCAAACACUGAUGACAUUUAUUAAACAAUACAAGAAGCAAGGAAUUAAACAGAGACAUAAUUAAAUUUGGCUCAAUGAGGAAAAACGCUUACACCUGUACCCUUUUACAGUGUUCCACUCUCUGACGAAAGAUUGUAAGCCUCCUCUUUUAUUUAGGCUUUCCCUGAUUACAUGGUAACAGCUUUUUUUAAGGGAGGGGGGUCAUAAACAGCCAUCGUCUUUGAUUAAAACCGUUCAAAGACAAGGUCAAACAGUUGAAAGAAAAGGUUGUAAAACAGUUCAAAGAAGAGGUCGCCUGGAGGGGAGUCUGGUC